AUGAACCGGCCUCGCAAUCGCCAGCCUCAUGGUGAUGGUCAGCAGCAGACGCGAGCUCGAGGCCGAGGAGGCCAUCGUGGUGGCAGAGGCCACUAUUCAAGCCCGGACUACAAGUCGGUGCCCUCAAUACAAGAAGUCGUACCCGGUGCUGAGGUUUCGAUCGUAUUAAAGGAAGAUCAACCCACUGGCAAAGAAGUUCAAGGCAUAGUCCAGGACCUGUUGACACGCGGGAACCACCCGAGAGGAAUCAAGGUACGGCUGCGUGACGGUAGAGUAGGCAGAGUGCAACGAAUGUCCACGGUGCCUCCGCCGGCAGUUACCUCUCGAGCUGUCGGAGCCAGUUCAACAGUUUUCAAGCAUGCGACAGAUGCUCGCGACUAUGCGGACGGGCCGCCACCGAGGACGUUCGCUGAUUUCAUGCCGGACCUCCGCAAUGAGCAUGAAAUUGAAGCUCAAACGACAGAACCGACACUGACCACGGCUACUGCCAAGUGCCCGAUCUGUGAAGAAUUCGAAGGAGAUGAGAUCGCAGUGAGCCGGCACGUUGAAGAUCACUUUUCUUCUGCUCCUUGUGCUUAG